AUGUGGUCUCGACAAUUGUUUCUUGUUUGGAUCUUAGCUGUAACUGUUCUUGCAACACAAAGUCACGUUAUUCAUAAACGUGGUCUUAUUUCAAAAUUAUUCGGUGGUAGUUCAAAAUCCACUAAGGAUAUCGAUGCGAAUAUGUCACCACGUGAACGAUCGAAACUUCGUGAAUUAUUGAAGAAUCCAGUCGUGAUCACCAUGCUCAGUGCUGCCAUCGGCAUGGUUGUUCAACAAGCACUAGCUGCAAAGAACAUGGAUGACGUCUGUGAAAAUAAAUACGUUAAAAUGGCGUACAUGGCUGGCGGUGUCAAUCCCCAAAUUCAACAGGCUUUGAAUUUACUUGGUUGUAAUGGACCUAAUCGCAAAUUUGGAGGUGACAAGAAUAAAUCAAAAGAUAAGUACGGUGUCACAACAACUCCAGCGAAUCGAAAUGCUCAGGGAGAGGAUGAAGAUGAUGAUGAUAAUGAAGGUGCAGCUGAUAAUCAAGAUGACGAUCAAGAGGAAAAUGCUGGUUUACAAAGCGGUCUUCCACCGGAGAAACAAUCGAAAUUGACUCAAUUGCUCAGUAUCGCGCGUGGCGAAAAAGGUGCCAAACGCAAUUUUGUCAAGGGCCUUUUUGGUUUAAAUAAGAAAGACAAAACAUUCAAGAAAGGGCAGAAAUUGCCAGCAUCAACAUAUACAUUAGAUAAGGACGAUGCUAAUUCAUUGAAAGAUUUGGAAAAUGAAAUCGAAAAAGCAAACAAAGGUAUUCACUAA